AUGAAGAGCGUGAAGGUAGUGCUUUCAGGAUCGUUAAAACUUUCCCAGGAGGUCUCCUCGGAAAUAGUCCCAUCGAAGACGACUAAAACGGUCAAGAGAUUCUUGAGAGUCCUGCUUAGAAACCCGUGGGACGACUACGACCAUGUUAUGCAUCUUGACCAAGGCAUACUAGCCAUUCGCAAAGGUUCGUCCUUCAAGAUUGUCAGUGUUCAACAAUUUGAAUGUCCUGAAAUACUCCAGCAAACGCGAAUGUUCGCCAGUAUCCAACAUCCCAACGUCGCAUCUAUCUAUGACGUCUAUUGUCAUGAAGAGAAACAGUUCAUGAUAACGGAACAUCUAUGUGUUCGCAUUUCACACUUACAGAUCCAAGAACACGAGCUAGAAGAAUGGGAGAUAGCUACUAUAAUAUCCGAGGUCCUGCAAGGGGUGGUUCAUAUAUCCUCAUUGAGAAUAUCUUGCAAAGAGCUGUCAAGUAACAAUAUUGGAAUGUCUCUGGAUGGAGAGUUAAAGCUCGUAUUAGAUCCCAACAACAUCAAGCACGAUCCCUUAUACGAAAGCCCAAGGACGUCUCAAGUCUUGUUGGACUACCCUAUCUUGGCUGAAAUUAUAGAGGAGAUGAUGCUUUCAAGUUACCACCUUGCUUCAGACGAUGACAGAAGGUCUGAGGAGGCUUUGAGCUUUUUAUCAUGUACACUUUCGGGAUCACUGGAGAGUCUAAUGAACCAUUGCUUCCUAAAACUUGCCGCAUCUCCAAGGAGGCUGAUUCCGCGGAUCCGCUACGGCUAUGAAAUCUCGCGGGGGGGGUUCUUGUUAUCAUGA